CUUUGCCGGCAAUAGCAACAGUGUGCUACUAGUGAAUGACAAGUUUAUUUACGUCUAUUGUAAAAUAAAAAUAAUGAACUAUCCACAUUUCGUUGGAAUGUACUUAGACUUGGAUAUAUAAUAUAUAUAAAUAAACUACAACCAAAAGAAAGAUAAAAAUAAAUAUACUUUACUACACCUUGAAGGUUAUACAUAACCUGCAAAAUUAUCUCUCAACCGAGUGUAACAAAAUUUGUAUGUAUCAAUAAUUUGAUAUUGACUGGUCCAAUAAGUAAAAUGUGCCCUUUUUGUUCACGAACUUGGAAGUUUUGCCAGAAAACCAUUCAAAUUCACCCUUUCAAUAGCCAGUCACAAAUCCAUACAACAGCAAUCAUAAAUGGGGCCCGACAAGCUGCAAAUGCCAUGAAGAAAAUUCUGGGAGUUAAUAAGAAAAGAAAAUUUGUUCACUAUGAAGGGGCUCCUGCUUUCACGCCAGAGUCAUUCAGUAAGGGUUCUUCAGAUGGCAGGCCUUCGAUCAAUUCUAGGAGAGCUGCUGUGCUUAAUAAACUCUUCAUGAAACAUGUUACGGAUCUCAUGGCUACUGGAGAGUAUGCUUCAGAAAUACUGGGACAUGGAAUAGAAAUAAACAGAGUCAAAAUUGCUCCGGAUUAUAAGUGUCUAAAUAUAUACUGGAUAGCAAGAGGUUCGGAAGAUGACCAAGCAGUCGACCAAAUACUGCAGAAAAAUGCUGGAUCCCUGCGACACGAACUCUCUCAGCUUCGAGUCAUGGGAAACGUACCGAUGAUACAGUUCGUCAAAGAUAAACGGUAUGCCAGAAUCGUAGCAUUGGAAAAGCGACUAGCCAUCGCAGAUUACGGUGAAGAUUAUGUUCCUUCUGAUGAGGCAGUCCAAAUGAAGUCCGAGUUCGAACUGUACGUUCCACUUGAAGACGAAACUAAGAGACAAGAAGCUGAGUUAGAUGAAGAGACUCCAUUGGAUGAAAGUGAUGAGUUGCCUUUUCCACCAAUGCCUCAGAAUGUCUUGGGUUUGGAUCAUGCAGCUAUCUUGACUAGGAUUAGAAAACAAGUGAAGAAAUCAGAGGCACCGCACAGACAUGCCAAUCUUACCGAUGAGGCUGAUGAGAGCUGGGCCACUUUUAAACUGAACCAAUCAAUUAAUAAAGAUCCCGUAUCACUGGGCAGCAGCAAGACUCAGAGAGAAGCCUUUCGGGAAUUUUUGCACCAGCGACAAAUACUCAAGAUGAAAGAGAAGCGAAGACACAAGAAUUAUAUGCCAGAUGUAGAGUAUGUAAAAGAAGAAUUUAGAAAUGCCCAGUUUUCUAAACUUGAGAAAUUCGAUGAUAAUUUUGACCAGGAUGAUGAUUUUAUUGACGAUGUAGAGGAGAAAGUUUAAAGAGAAAGUAUCAACUAAUAAAAAGAACAUAAUGUUUACUUUGAUUUGAAUUCAAUGAGGGAUGGUUUUAUUUUUUCUUGCAGUAAAAUAAUGUGAACAAAACGCUGCUGAUCAGUUUAACGACUGGGACUAGAUGCAAGAUUUGUGAACCAGGGCCACAAAAUCUAUUCUGUUGUUUCUUCUAAUAGUCAAGGGUUGUAUCACAAGUUCACCAGUAUUAAUAGGCAAAAACCGGAGGUCACCCUGCUUUGGAUUAACAAGGUCUUGCCUUUUGACGUGCGAGUCCUAGCAUGUGAUGUGACUUUCAAUGUUUACGAAACAAACCAUUUUGAGUUUUUGGAAUUCUUUCUCACUCUUCAAGUUUCAAUGAAACCACAGACUAUCAAAAGAAAAUUUUUAUUAAAAAUUCAACAUGUAUACAAAUCUUUCUUGAAUUCAAUCUUGUAAAUGAGAAUACUCGAAAAUACAAAGAAAAACAAAAACUAAAAGUAAUAUAUAUACAGCUGCAAGUAUUUGGAUCCCUUUUUAUUUGUUCAACUCGCUACAAAUGCGAGUCUGUUUCUAUUCACUUUGUUACAGUAUUCUUAAGAACAAUAUACAGAGCAUUUCUUUUAAACAAAACGCGUUUUACUGAGUUGUUGGAUAAUGUCUGUCAAAAACAUCUUGGUUUGUAAUUUAAAACAAAAAGUUUUCACUAGAACAUCCACAAUAACCCAGAUCAUAAGAAAAUGUUGAAAAAAA